AUGGGGGCGGCCGUGUACCCCAAGUGUCGGCCAAACUCUAAUCCCUCGGGCUGCGGCCUCUUUCGCCCUAGCCCUUCCAACUGCGGGGCCCUUUACAUUGGGCAACGGGGGCAUGGGGCCGCCAAUAAGACCCUGGAGUACGAGAAAGCCAUCAAAGACCAAGUGUCGGUGGGGCAGCUUGUCGUCAACAUCGGCACGGCAAUUUCCGUGAGUUCGGUCAAGUGCUCCAACUUCGCGAGCGCGUGGGCAGUCAUACAAGCCACACCGGUGGUCGUCAAAGAGACCCCCGACGGCUACAAGUCGGCAAAAUGGGCUACCAAGUCAUCGACCAAAGACUACCCUUCCAUCUACUCCACCCUGCUACAAAGUUGUAACCUAACCUGA